GGUCAGCACUUGAUGCCAUUCUCCCUCAAGACAACAACCACUUCUUCUCUUCGUCGAUCUCAGACUCAUUAUUUCAACCUUAAUCGAAAUCUCCGAUCGAGAAAUUGGAGAAUGACGACGCCUCCUGUUCUGUCUCUCGCUCUUCCUUCAGAUACUGGUCGUGUUCUUAGUAUCCAAUCCCACACUGUUCAGGGAUAUGUUGGUAACAAAUCAGCUGUCUUUCCUCUUCAAUUGUUGGGGUAUGAUGUGGAUCCAAUUAACUCGGUACAGUUCUCGAAUCAUACCGGGUAUCCUACAUUUAAAGGACAGGUUUUGAAUGGUGAACAAUUGUGGGAUUUGAUUGAAGGUCUUGAAGCAAACAAUUUGUUGUUCUACACUCAUGUAUUAACAGGAUAUAUUGGAUCAGUGUCGUUCCUGGAUACAAUCUUGAAGGUUAUCAAUAAGCUUCGGUCUAUAAACCCAAAUCUUACAUAUGUAUGUGAUCCGGUGAUGGGUGAUGAAGGAAAGUUGUAUGUGCCUGAAGAAUUGGUACAUGUUUAUCGUGAAAAGGUUGUUCCAUUGGCGUCUAUGUUGACUCCUAACCAGUUUGAGGCAGAGAAAUUAACAGGAUUAAGGAUAAAUUCUGAAGAAGAUGGCAGGGAAGCGUGUGCUAUUCUUCAUGCAGCUGGUCCUUCAAAGGUGGUGAUCACUAGCAUUAUUAUAGGAGGCAUUCUAUUGCUUAUUGGAAGCCAUCAGAAAGAAAAGGGUCUGAAGCCUGAGCAAUUCAAGAUUGAAAUACACAAAAUCCCUGCUUACUUUACGGGAACAGGAGAUCUCAUGACUGCUCUUCUACUUGGUUGGAGUAAUAAAUACCCUGAAAACCUUGACAAGGCAGCUGAGCUUGCAGUUUCAACGUUGCAGGGGCUUCUGCGAAGGACGCUCGAUGAUUACAAACAGGCUGGGUAUGAUCCCAGCUCAAGCAGUUUGGAGAUUAGAUUAAUACAAAGCCAGGAUGAAAUCCGCAGCCCAAAGGUUGAACUGAAAGCUGAGAGAUACAGCUAAAGCAGGUGAAAAUGUAACAUAUUUAUCUAAAAUAAGGAAAACAUAGAUGAUUAUGGGAUUAGUUGAGAUCUCAAUGUUGGUUGGAUCACAAUAUCUAUGUUGCACGAUUCUUUUAUGCAUAUAAAACAGUUCAGACUUCAGAGUAAGAAGUUGUGCAAGAGCUCUUAUAAAACAUUUUAAACAGCAAUUAGACAUAUGGGUGUUUAUGGCUGUUAUGUUUGGAUA